CUGUACUAUUUGUACUCUGGCAACACUCACUUCGCGUGAAUUAUUCAUCGUCUACCCCUCAGAAGAGGCGAAAGAGUCCUAAUUCAAAACAAACCAGGCUUUUGAUUAAAAAAACGCUCUUUAAGCUAAAACAGCGUCCCUGGAAACUUCCGUUUCUUAUAAUGCAAAACGACAAGAAUCUGGAGGAUCUGAAAGAGUGCUUUUUAUUGUACGACAAGCGAGGCGAUGAGAGAAUUGAAUGUAGCCAAGUUGGGGAAGUUUUGCGCGCGUUAGACGUAAACCCGACGGAACACGAAGUGCAAAAAAUUGUAAACAACAUCGAUCCUGCUGGAGAAAUGAAAAGAGUCAGCUUCGAGGAGUUUUAUCCUAUGUACCAGAACCUAAGAGAAAGGCAUCGAAAGGAAAGAUCAGAAGUCGACGUUGACUACUUCAUGGAAUGCUUCAAAAUGUUUGAUCGUAACUGCAAUGGCCUGAUCGGCGCUGCCGAGCUUCGUCACCUCCUGGCUAGCCUUGGGGACAAGCUGUCGGACGAGGAGGUGGACAAUCUCAUGGUGGGAUUUGAGGACAACCAAGGACAAGUCUUUUACGAGGAUUUUGUACGGGCCGUCAUGAAUGGCUAGGGCCACUACAUGUAGCGAGCUAGCCGGCUCUUAUUUGGGGUUCGUAAAUGCGUGUUUUUGAACAUUGGGAAUCCUGUGGCGCGCGAAGAGAGCUAGGUCUUACUGUACGCUACAAUCGGCCUUCACGCGCUCAAAAACACACAUUUUCGGAUAAAACCAAAUGAGGGACUACUAACUAGCUUAAGUACUCACGCAGAUCGUAUAUAACACAGCAUUUUAUAUAGGAUAUGUACGUUAGUGUUGCAUAACAUAGAGUGUCGUACCAGAGUCGUGCCAAUAAAUUAAUGAAAUCUAAUAGAGAAUUUUGUUUCACAAGCAUUGGCGCGACGUCUUGAACAUGCUUGAGUGGUUUGAGGUUUUUUAAUAUACGUACCAAACUUCCUGUUAAAAAAUAAAAUUGUGCGCAAGA